GACUGGGCAGCGAUAAUCGGUCGGGUCGGUCAGCAGCUGUCAAGUGGUAACGGGAGUCGGGUUUUUCCAGCACUUUUCGGCGAUCGGCCGCGAUUCGACCGACUCGGUGAGAGCAGGCCGACGCCCCCUGAGUGCGGUCCGUCGGCUACAAGGUCCGCGAGUGCUUUGAUGCAAACACGGUCGUCAACAUGAGUUUCUUCUUUGGUAAUCGGUCGUCGAAAACUUUCAAACCAAAGAAGAACAUCCCCGAGGGCACGCACCAGUAUGACUUGAUGAAACAUGCCGCGGCCACCCUGGGUUCGGGAAACCUGCGGAUGGCCGUGAUGCUGCCCGAGGGCGAGGACCUCAACGAGUGGGUCGCCGUCAAUACUGUGGACUUUUUCAACCAGAUUAACAUGUUAUACGGCACGAUCACCGAGUUCUGCACAGAGGAGAGCUGUGCCAUCAUGUCGGCCGGGCCUAAAUACGAAUACCACUGGGCCGACGGGCAGUCGGUGAAAAAGCCCAUCAAGUGCUCGGCGCCCAAGUAUAUCGACUACCUGAUGACCUGGGUGCAGGACCAGCUGGACGAUGAGGCGCUGUUCCCUUCAAAAAUAGGUGUUCCUUUCCCGAAGAAUUUUCUUACAAUUGCCAAGACAAUCCUGAAGCGGUUGUUCCGGGUGUACGCGCACCUGUACCACCAGCACUUUUCGGAAGUGAUGCAGCUUGGCGAGGAGGCGCAUCUCAACACGUCCUUCAAGCACUUCAUCUUUUUCGUACAGGAGUUCAGCCUGAUCGACCGGAGAGAGCUGGCUCCGUUGAUGGAACUGAUCGAGAAGCUCACGAACAAGGAGGGACGCUUGUGAACGCUUUCAUAUCUUGUGAUUCGUUUCUUACACUUUGCUGUCGGCGAGGAAAACAGGAAAAAAGAAAACACGCAGCUUUCCGACACGUACCGACUCUUUCGCAGUGAUCUAUAUAAUUCUACCGUGUACAAUUCGCCUGCCAUCGUCUUACUGUUCUUUUAAGUGUUAAGCACAACUUUCAAACCAAAUAAUUUCGUCGUAACGCAACUGAUAACCGCAAUUAUUAAGUACUAUAGACAUAAAAAAGGGUAAUAACGGUUUUGCACUCGGAUAUUUUUGUGGAGCGAUUUCAUACUAAACUUGCUAGUCGAAAUUGUCACGCAACCAGUGCCUCCUGAAGUCUCAAAAAAUUGUCCCUCGACCACUGGAUACAAUAAGUAACAAUUAAAGUGCCUACUUUCGGUCUACAAGCAAAAACCCAGGAAAGCAGCAGCUUAGAAGAGAGCAUCCCUUUCGUUUCUUCAAACCCGCUACGCAAUCGAGCCAGUCGUGUAUUUUGAUACAAAAUAUCAUUCCGUGUUUGCAAAAUUGUGGUCUCGUCGAGCACCCUCCGCUCUUCAAGACGACCACGAUGAUGAUGUUGUCCAGGCAGCAAUCCGUGUACUAAAUAUUUAUAUCAGGCCCGUCUGUUGGAUCUUACACAUGUGUACAUACUUAAGUUAUUUUGUCCCCUCCCAGCGACAUCCCUUUCGGUGCUCGAGAGAAAGGACGCCCUGAUUGUUGAGUUAUUAGAUUUGUAGCUUCUCUGGCUAACAAUCUGUUUGGUUUGUGACGGUGUGGCGCAAAUUCCGGCCGGAAUCUCUGACAAACCGUCACAAGUUAUUAAUAUAUAUUUUCCUGCCAAAAUAAAGACGGAUUUCGCAUAAAAA